AUGCCAGCUGGUAGACGUCAUAAGAUUAAUAUUCGGCUAGGUAUUGGUAGUACUCUAUGUAGAUUAGAUCGUACUGAAAUCAUGAAAUUUCUAGGUGCUUUAAAUCUACCAUCACCGAUUCAGAAACACAAGCACCGUGAAGUACAAGAAUUUAUUUUAAAUUAUGUUGAGAAAGCUCAAGAACAAUCAAUGAUUACUGCUGUUGAAGAGGUUGUCGUUGAAGCAGAUAUUUAUGUUCAACGACAGCCAAUCCAAAAAUAUAAUGCUGGUCGUCCACCUGCACUCGAUUCAGCACAAAUUAAACAACUUGAUCAAACUAUACAACAAAACCGAUCAGCUACUGCUGCUGAAUUAUUAUCACUCACGAACUUCAAUACUACCGAACGCACGAUACAACGUUAUCGUUUAUUCCUUGGUUAUCGUCCUCGUAAGUCUGUUAUUAAAGUUAAGACUAACAAUACAAAUGAACAAAAUCGAUAUCAAUUUGCUGCAUUACAUCACUUGGCCAACAUCAGGAAAUAUAUUUUUGAAGAUGA